AUGGAUGCUGCUCUUUUUGACGGGCCACCUGAUAUUACUAUAUUUAUGGAGCACGGUCGUAUCGUUAACAGAAUCAACGCCUCUAAUCCAACAAUUGGUACUCUUAUCGAUCUCGAUCCAUCAUCGCAGUCAGCCUUGCCUUUUACAGCUCCUUUUACACAUGCCCAAACUAUGGAAACUAUACCCGGCGAAGAGGAAGUUGCUAUACUAGAUGCUUACAAACCCACCAUUUUUGAAGAAACCUUAAUUCCACAGGAUAAGGCUCGCUUUUUAUCUUGUUCUCCUGACGUCAAAUUGCUUCGAAGCCCCUCAUCUAGAAAGAUCUCAUGUCUAGAAGUUGAGGGAUUGAAGGAAGAAACUAAGGAUGGAAUAAAAGACGAAGAAAAUCAGGAGGAAGAUGAGGGAAAUGAUAGCUCUCAAUCCAAUUACGAUUUUGAGGAAGACGACAGAAAAAGAGACGCUAACAACUGGGAGAGGUUGGCUUUUGGAUCUAUCAAGAGCCGGGUUUAUCUGGCGUACCUGAAAGCUGCUGGUUAUUGGCUCUCAUUUGCUGUCAUUUUUUCACUGGUAUUCAUGCAAGUGAUUGCAUAA